CAACGACAAUAGCAAAUUAAAAUGGCUCCAAAGAUCGCUAUCAUCUACUACUCAACCUACGGUCACUUAUAUGCGGCUGCCCAAGAGGUGCAAAAGGGUGUCCAAUCUGCCGGUGGAAGUGCCGACCUCUACCAAAUCAAAGAAACCUUACCAGAAGAAGUGUUGAAAGCCAUGCACGCUCCACCAAAGUCCGACGUACCACUUGCGUCUGUGGACACCUUGAAGGAAUACGAUGCGUUCUUGUUUGGAAUUCCCACCAGAUACGGUAAUGUUCCUGCCCAAUGGAAGGCUUUCUGGGACCAAACCGGUGGUUUAUGGGCAGCUGGUGCCUUGUACGGUAAGCCAUUUGGAGUGUUUGUUUCCACUGGAGGUCUUGGUGGAGGGCAAGAGGCCACUAUAAUCAACUCGUUGUCUUCGUUUAUUCACCACGGUAUGGUCUAUGUGCCUUUGGGAUACGGUGAAGCCUUCCCACUUUUAACCAAUUUGACCGAGGUUCAUGGCGGCUCCCCAUGGGGUUCUGGUUUGCUUGCUGGAGGCGACGGUUCCAGAAAGGCCAGUGAGUUGGAGAACAAGGUUUUCAACAUCCAUGGAAAGACUUUCUACAAGACUGUUGAGAAGUUUUAGAUUUAAAAACCUAUGCUACAACUGGAUAUGCUUUAUGGCUUGUGUAUGUUUCAAGUAGAUGUGCUUAUUACAAAACUAUGGUUUGAGACAUGUAUUGUAUUUGUGAGCCUAUGUGCUAUAUCGCUUCUUGCACGUUACAUUCAUUUUCUGUAUUGCUGCGUAUAUCUGAUUUCUAAUGUACUUCUAUCUACAUCUCGUUUUCUGAUGUAUUCAUAU